GAGACGGCCGCGCAGAAGCGCGCCCGCCUCAAGAGGGAGCAGCAGGGCGCGGCUGCGUCGUCAGGCGACGCCGUCGCCGACGAGAAGAAGACGGCCGCGAAGUUGGCGAAGGAUGGCAAGGACGCCCUGCAGCGCUACUCGAACACCACCAGGCAGGCGAACCACAUGGUGAUGAACGUGGAGAAGCAGCCGACGUGGGCCUGGGCUUCCAGGGGCCAGGAGUUCAUCGACAUGAAGGAGCUGCUCACCAAGAUCACACACGACGUAAUGACGAGCACGUUGCUGAGCUCUGCCGUCUCCGUGGAUUGGCCGAAGCUGAAGGCGGCGGUGGGCGCGGGCAACUACAAGACGGUCCUGACCUCGCUGGUGGGGCUCACCCCCGACCUUUCGAAGAUCGACGGGCACCUGGAGAUCCUCCUCGGCAGCUACGAGCUUCGCCCGCAGCGCGAGGCAGAGCGGCUCAAGCAGUUGCAGAGCUCGUAG